AUGGGAUCAAGAUUUGCCAAAAAUCGACUGGAGGCAUUGAAGAUAGAUGCAGAACAUAUCAAGGAAGAACAACAACAUAAUAGGGAGGAACUACAGAAAUCAAAGUUUGAAUCGGCAAAUCUGCUACAAACGUUCCUUCAACGAAUGGAUGAGACGUUUGACGAAGUCAAGAACUCUGUCAGUGAAAAGCUCUUAGCAUUAGAAACGAAGGCUCCAACUGUAAGUAUAGCAUCUUGAUCGGUCUGGAAUUCUCCACAUAAUGAGCAAUAAGAGAGAAUCAAUCCACGACCAGAGGUACAAACGUUUGUGCCGACUCCAAAUCACAUUUCAGAUGAAAAUUGA